GACAGAGCCCACGGAGAGCAUGGGCAGCGAGAGGAUGUUGGUGGAGCUGGAACAUGGCAGGGAGCGUGAGGCAGGGAGCCCUCAAGGAAGUGCACGCUGUCUGACUGUGCUCAGCACCUUCACGCUGCUCGCCCUGGUGACUGGCUGCGGGUAUCUCCUGUUCACCCAGACCCACUCUCCAGCUCCCAGCCAGGCCAACUGGGUAAGGCAAGCUGGGUCUGAGUUUCUAUCUUUUCCAUUUCCAGGUUUGCCCCGACUCAUGAAGCAGGUGGGGAGUGACCCCCGGCCGAGAAUCGCAGCUCACCUGACAGCCAAUCCCAUCCCCCAGGUUUCGGACGUGCUGACUUGGCAGGAGCAGGCAGGCAUAGCAUUCUCCUAUGGCGUGGAGUUCUCAAACAACAGCCUCCUGAUCAAGCAGGCCGGUUUUUACUUCAUCUACACCCAGGUGGUCUUCCACUACAGCCAGUGCGAGGACAGCACCAUCUUCCUGAGCCACGAUAUGCACAAGCUCUCCUUGGCCUACCCAGAGGAGACCAUCCUGCUCAGGGCCACUAAGUCAGUCUGCCAUCACGGCAGCCACUCUGACCCCUGGUUCAAGACCUCCUACCAGGGCGCCAUCUUCGAGUUUGAGGAGGGCGACCGGAUCUUCUCCCGGGUCUCCGAGAACGUGGUCAGGUACCUGGACAAGACCGAAGGCAAGACCUUCUUCGGGAUCUUCGCCCUGUGAGGGGGUUGGGGGUGGAGCGGGGCCCUUCCCCACCCCUUCCCCAGCGUGUCCGCAUUUGCCGUUGGCUAGGAU